UCUGCUCACACGCACCGAUUGCAUAGACACGCGUAAAGCAUUCAGGAGAUCGAGGGAAGAGAGAUGGAUCCAGCUCCAGCUGAGGGCCGACGGGUACUGGUUGCCGUGGACGAGGGCGACGAGAGCGCCCACGCCCUGCGGUGGUGCCUCGCCAACUUCGCCGCGCGCGGCGACACCGUCCUCCUGCUCUACGUCAGGGCGCCGCCGCCCACCUACUCCGUGCUCGACGCCACCGGACCGGCGGGCUACAUGUUCGCCGAGGAGGCCACCGCCGCCGUCGACGGCUACAGCAAGCAGGUGGCGGACGCCGUGGUGGAGAAGGCGCAGAAGCUCUGCGCGCUCCACGGCAAAGACAACGGCGAGAUGAAGGUGGAGGUCAAGGUCUCGGUUGGGGACCCCAGGAGCGUCAUCUGCGAGAUGGUGGACAAGCUCGGAGCCGACGUGCUCGUCAUGGGGAGCCAUGGCUAUGGCCUCUUCAAGAGGGCUCUGCUCGGGAGCGUCAGCGAUUACUGCGUCAGGAACGCCAACUGCCCCGUUCUCAUCGUGAAGUCGUAAUAGGCAUGGAUGGAUUGUUGUUUCUCCAGAGAUGAUUAGCAACGAUGCUUUUCUUUUCGGGCACUUUGCUUCUUUCGCCUGUAUCCUGUCACUGGUGUCCAAGUUCUCCGGCGGGACGUCAGACGUGUAUAUACAGUGUUUUUGUAUUAUCUGUUCGAUGAUAAAAGUUUACCUUUUUUCUCA